AUGUUCGGUCUGCAGUUCCCUGUGGCCAGUGGAAGAUGCACACGAGGAGCCUUCAUGACUCUUCUUAGUGUGAAAGAGGACUGCCAGGAGGAGCUGGGCUGUGACUUCAUCCUGGUGAUUGACACUGAGGGGCUGAAAGCUCCAGAGUUGGCUUCCUUGGAGGGCAGUUAUGAACAUGACAAUGAACUGGCCACACUAGUGGUUGGGUUGAGUGAGAUCACCGUAGUCAAUAUGGCCAUGGAAAAUACAUCAGAAAUGAAGGAUAUCUUACAGAUUGUGGUCCAUGCUUUUCUUAGAAUGAAAGAAAUAGGAAAGAGACCCAACUGUCAAUUUGUACAUCAGAAUGUGAGUGAUGUGUCUGCUCAUGACAAGAACAUGAGAGACAGGAAGAAACUUCUGGAACAUCUGAAUAAAAUGAUAAAAUUAGCUGCAGAGAUGGAAAACAAGAGUGAGAUAAAAACUUUCAGUGAUGUCAUGGCAAUACAAUCUGGAGAAAGACAACUGCUACAUUCCUGGGCUCUGGCUUGGGGUCCCACCAAUGGCUCCAGUAAA